UUGAGUUCAUGAAUGUGUUUAUCUGGAUUUCUUUAAACAUAUUGAAAUUCCAUGGUUUAAUAAGUAACGUUUUAUUAUACCUAAUUGUUAUUUAUUUGCCCUUUUGGCAAAAUGUAAAUUUUAUAAUUAGCUUCAUAAAUGCGUAAAAAUAACUGCUUUACCAUUAGACGAUUUGAGAGGUCGGGUCGCUGAAGAAUUAGAAUAAUGUCAUCCUGUAAUUAAGACCAAUUUGUUCUCAUUGGAGCAAGAAAAGUAAAAGCGACCAAUUACGGUCCUGAUAAUUUACAAUCACGCAUACAAUCAUACGCGUUUAAUGGAUGGAUACAUAGAUAAAAUAAAAUAUUUGUAUGUGUUUGGCUUCCGGGUGUCCGUUGUACCUGAUUACCUACUUUUCUUUUAUUAUUUCUAUUCAAUAUUUUGCUCACAUCAUUCACUUGUUCUUGUUCCAUGUUCAAUUCACGUCCAUUCUCACUUCUUGUUGUCUGCUUCAUUUCGUUUUCACUAUUCCAUUGGUAGAAUUAAAAUGAAAAUUAAUUCGGUAGCCGCAGUGUUCUUGGCGAUCGUAUUUUGCGCCAGUUUUCAGUUUUACCUGGUGUGCUGUGAGAUACAGGAACUAACAAAUGGUAAUCGUAACAAUGUUUAUUUUGUUUCUCCCGCGUUCGAGAGCAUUCGGGUUCAAACAGGCGAUCAAAAUAAGUUUUUUCUGCCGAAUUCCGGGGGUUCCCCUUCCGGUUUCUUAAGCAAUAGGUUUAAUAUAACAAAUCGCCCUUCGGGAACACCCGAUAAGAAUUUUGUGAAUUGGAUUUUCGGGGCUUUCGGGGCCAAACCUCAAAAUGAUGAAGAAAAUUGCAGUCCUUGCCAAUGCGGUAUUUCGUACAAGAUGACAAGGAUUGUAGGGGGAGUUGAAACUCAAGUUAAUAUGUACCCCUGGAUAGCAACUUUGACGUACAAUUCCAGAUUUUACUGCGGUGCAACUGUCAUAAACAAUAAAUAUCUCCUGACUGCGGCCCAUUGCGUUAACGGUUUCACGAAAGAAAGAUUAGGGGCAAGUUUUCUUGUGCACGACAGGGACGUGAACGAAAAUCAAUCGUUCACAAAGAAAAUAAAAAAUGUCAUCAGGCAUCGCUCUUAUCACAGUGGUGCCCUUUACAACAACGACAUCGCCCUCUUGGAACUCGACAGUCCUUUAGAAUUCAACAACGUUUUACGCCCUGUUUGUCUUCCUUCAGCAGGCAGGAGUUACUCGGGACAAUCAGGGGUCGUAAUAGGAUGGGGUGCGACGGUGGAAAACGGACACAUAGCGACUAAGUUAAGGGAAGUAGAAGUGCCCAUUUUAUCGAACGAGGAAUGCAAAAAAACUGGCUACGGCAACAGGAUAACAGAUAACAUGCUAUGUGCAGGAUAUCCCGAAGGUAUGAAGGAUUCCUGUCAGGGUGACAGCGGGGGCCCGUUGCUAGUAAGAAAUGGAACUCGUUACGAAAUAACGGGUGUUGUUUCUUGGGGAGAGGGUUGCGCAAAGCCGAAUUAUCCAGGAGUUUACACUAGGGUGAACAGGUAUUUAACAUGGAUAACGAGUAACGCAAAGAACGCUUGUUAUUGCAAUUAAGUUUGUUUUGUUUAACAAAAUGAUAAAAACAAAAAUUGGAAGUCACGCAGCGAAACGUUUAGAACAAUUGCCUAUAGAAGAAAACAAUACGCUAAAUUAUAUUAUGUGUCUAAAAGCGUAGGUUUAAGAAACAAUUGUUAUGCUUUUUUCUUUUUGUUUAAUUUAUUGCUUUUGUUACUUCCAAGAAUAACCAAAAUGCGAAAACGAAUAAAAUUAAAAAUCGAUCAAUUAUUGCACA